AACUAACCAAAAAAGCGUGAAACUAACCAAAAAGGGUGAAACUAACAAAAAGCGUGAAACUAAGCCAAAAGCGUGAAACUAACAAAAAGCGUGAAACUAUCGUUUGAGUCCCGUUUCAGGACCUUGCAGAGCACGCACCACGCACCCGGAAGCUGUAAAAUCCUCGGAAGUUGGAAGGCAUUUUAGUUCAACGCUGCUAACGCUGCACAAAAGCGGGGUGUUGAGUGUUGAGAAGGCUAUCUGUGCUCGUUCCAUCUCUCUGCAUUCUCGAAUCGUAUUUGGUGUGGGUUGUUGAUCCUUUUAUGAUCCUGUCUCAAUCUCGCUAGCUAGUUGCUGUUGGCUUCGUCCCUUGCUGAUCCCUCGAAGCUUUGCUUUGCAACGACAUCAAGAUUGUGCGCCUUUAGAAUCGUCUUGGCGGGAGAAUGCCUUGCUCUCCCGCGCAGCAGACGGCGUUGGCGGUUAUACCCAAGAUAUCCUCGUUGCUGUCGCUGUGCGGGUCUACUUGGAUUUUUAUUGAAGUUCUAUGGGGAUGUUUACCCAACAAUCAGCAAAGGCCCAGUCGUCGGAAUAUUAGAGCUUGUGAUGAGGGCAAGCUCAAGCGAGAGCAUCCUUAUCACCGGUUGCUGUUUGCCAUGAGCGUUUAUGAUAUCCUGGAGAGUAUCUGGAACUUUGGCUCCACAUGGCCGCUCCCAACGGAUACCCCCAGUGCAGCUGGAUCCUUUUGGCAGCCCGUGGGGAGCACGCAAAGCUGUACCGCCCAAGGAUUCUUUUUACAGCUAGCUGUGGCUAUUCCAAUCUACAACUGUUGCCUGUCCCUCUACUACCUCUUGGUUAUCAACUAUCGAUUCACCGACACUCAUAUCGGAAAGUGGAUAGAACCAUCCAUGCAUGCGGUGGCAUUUGUAUGGGGGUUCGGGACCGCUCUCGCGGCCUCUGUCAUGGGGUACAUGAACAAUGCAAAUCUCUGGUGCUGGAUUGCCCCAUAUCCCUCCGGUUGUCUCGCGGAAGAUAAUGGUAUCGAAUGCACCCGAGGUCAACACACAUUUUUGAUCCGAUGGGUAUUCUACUUCACCCCUCUUUGGACAUCCAUAUUUGCUGCCACUGUGUUCACUUUGAUGGUGUAUGUGUAUGUGAAAAAGAUUGACAAAAAGUCUUCUCGAUACCGUGCUUUCAGUGACGAAACCAAUAGCGGUGGCUAUGCAUCCGGUGUAUCACAGCAGUCUAGUCGAUAUUUGGAUGUAAAUGGGAACGAUGCACCUGCCAGUGACAGAAACUUGAUGGUCGUCAGUGACGACGACAAUAACAAUUCGCAGCCUAAUAAUAUACAACCACCAACCUCCGAGAUUGACCACAACAACACAGGCCAGAAUGAUGAUAGGAAACAAGUUGACGCGAGCGAAAGUAGUCCUGAUAGGAGGAGUUUCUUGACGAAAGAAAGAGUAUCAUUCAUGGGAACUUCAGUGAGGUUUGGGAGCUCGUCAUCUUGGGGCUUGCGAAGUGCAACCAAUCGGGGAAGCAUGAGCGAUGGAAGUGGGAACAACGGGGAAACUGCCGGGAAUAGAUCGAGCAUCGAAAACAAUCAACUGGAUCCAUCCGAUGCAUCCAUGGCCACACGAAAGCAACAACGAUUCUUGGAACGAUGGAGGAAGCGACAGGAGGAUCAACGGAGAAUGAACCGAAGGACAAUCGAAGUCUUUCAUCAAGCAGUGUUCUAUAUGGGAGCGUUCUACUUGACCCAUGUCUGGUCCACCACCAACCGAAUCAUCCAACAAUUGAACGGGGGAAGUACUGUCUACGGGUUGAUCUUGAUCCACUCCUUCUUUGACCCAUUUCAGGGGUUCAUGAACUUUCUUUGUUAUCAGCGUCCCCGAUAUUUGCGGGAAAGAAAGCAAAACUCUGAACUGGGCCGAUGGUUUGCCGUCAAACGGAUAUUAAGGUUUUCGUUUUUGCCUGAUCCAGACGUUUCUGAGACGGAGGUCUUGUUUCAGCAGGCGGCGUCGCGGUCGCAACAGUCGUCCAAGGGACCAGACCUGCGGGUGUCAGCAACGCACGGGUGCAACAGUAGUACUCUGGCCACCCUUGAGGCACCCCAACCUAGGCAAAGUUUGGUGGCUGAGUUGAGUUCCUGUUUUGAGCUUCCAAUACACGAGAACGAUGAAUAUGAUGAGCUGGCUCUGUUUGAGGAGAACGAAACUCCGUUUGGUCCAGAGUUUAAUCUGGUUGCCAACAAGUACCCUGAUAAGAGUGGCGGCUCGAGCAAGAGUAACGAGAAUCCAUCACUUGAUGACACCCUGGAGCCCACAGGAGCAAAACCAUUUGCCCAUGGAUUGGACAAUAUGCACUCAGAUGAAGCCGAUCUGGAAGCUGAUAAUUCGAGCCAACAACCCCUCUAUGCUGAAUCCUUGGAUGAAAAUCAUUCACCGAACAACAACGAGAGCACAGCUAGCGGUAGGUCGGAGAUCAAGGAUCCAAUCAAGCACCCAUCUUCUGGAACGCAUGCAAAUGCCAAAGUGGUCAGCUCUGGUAUAGAUGAAUUGGAUGGCGUAGCAGACAGUGAAACUAGUAGCUACCAAGAAGAACAGACCUUGUAUCAACGAUCUAUGCACGACGGUCUGAUUUCUGGUCUGCCUCAUGACAGAUCGACCGACACUGUCCUGAUUGAGGCUGAUCCUGAUUUGCUUUCAUUUGCUCAUGGAGGCACUGGCGAGAUGGAAGAGUGUUCAUCUUCAGGAAUAUGGAGUGUCUAGUUAGCAAUGGCUAGAGGGCUAGUGGACUCCCAUCCUUGACUGCUCUGCAAAACUAUUGCUGUGUCCCUUCAUGCCGACGGGUGUACAUGCAUCAUGAACCCGUAUGGGAUAAUCAAUCGAAGAGCGGGGCACUGCGAUUCGGAAGCCGCAGCAAUGAUGCUGAUUCUGGAUGCAUGGCACUCAAAGCGAUAGUUGCAUCCAGGCCCAAGCGCUGGUGAAGGCAAUGAUGAAAAAACUGCAUGCAAUUUGAAAGGACGAUCUUGAAGCCGACACAGGCAAUGAGAAUGCUACGUGACCCUCGCCUGCAGUGAAAACUUCAGGGCUGUCAGAACAGUCAAACUUUCCGUCACUCAGGAAGUCGUCGCAGGCCGCCCCAUAGCCCAACAGCACAGUGGCCUUGCAGGUGGUAUUGUAAAUACCAUUUGGAUUCCUUGGAUUGUAGAUUCCUUCCAGACGCUCUCGAUCAAAUUCAACCACGCAAGUCUCCCCUCUGCAUUUUACAACGGAGCUGUCGAAUCUAUACAAGUCGUUGUCAUCCCGUGGGUACACAUUGGUAACUGAUCCAUCAAUAGCAAUGUCCAAUUUUGUAACAUCGUUGAUGCAAACUCCUUCCGUCACGUUUGAGAUGGAAACCGCUACCCGCAUGUACAGAUUCUUCACUAUGGGAACUGGUUCUUCCAGAUAUUGUUCGCUGGAAGCAGAGCAAGUAAUGCCAGUCUCCUGUCCACUUACAACAUAAUGAUAACUUUCGCCGAACACUUUGUCGUUGGAGACAGCAGCAUUCCUCGAUUCGGUCUUGACCCCAUCUGGUCCAAACUUGAUACAUUCAGUUGCUCCAAAGUCUCCCUGGACACGAUGAAUCUGUUUGCCAUCAACUGCCACAUCAAUGAAACCGUCCGCAAAUCCGUCUCUGCCAGCAUCCGUCACCACCAACACGUACUCAUCUCGAGGAACACAAAAGUUCAUGAUACGAGUGUCAUUGCCAACCCCUUGUUCCCGUAAGAGACUCAUGUCAAUGUCCCGUUCCAGGUUGAAUAUCGGCUCGUUGUUGUUGCUAUUGAAAGGAGCGAGUUCCGCAUGGACGCUAAGAAAAUCGGAAUCGAACUUCAUUGUCACGUUGACCUCCAUCUCUCCUUGGACGCAGAUGUCAGUAUGGUCUCGAUAGAGAAGCCAUUGACGCAUCAUGCGCAGGUUUUGACCACAAGUGAAUUCUCCGUGCCCUUGUGCCAAGCAGGAUUCGGGUCCGACGUAAUUCAUGUAAUUGAACACUGGAUCGACUCCUGGCAAUUUUGGACAAGAGUUGGGUAUUUCCUCCCCGGGCUGUUCGUAGAAAGUCGAAGAACAUGGGUACAUCAUGAUGGACGGCCGGGGCAGAAAGGGCGUGUCGUCCACAAAAUCCCCAUGAUCCACAUUGAUUGGAUCACACGGAUCAGACUCGUCGUUGCUGUCCUCUUCAUCGGGCAACGUUUCACUUUCGAAUACAUGCAAGAGCCCGAGCCAAUGGCCGAUUUCGUGGACAAGAGAAAUGCCGGUAUCGUAGUUCUCCAAUCUAUAGAAGCAGUUCCAAUUCCAUAUAGUUUGGUGGUUUCAAUGAGCAUAACAUCAAAUGGGUGUGAUGCUUGGAGAGUAUCAAUGACACAUCAACCAACAAAGCUUCUUUACGUACCCUCCUCCCGUCAACGUAUCAUAAGCCAAAUAAAUUCCAUCAGACGUCCGAUCCAGUUGGUAGGACGGAUUGGUGGCUGCUCCAAUGGUGAGGCAAUUCGUUUCUUGCCAUAUGAACAUGUGACCACAGAUACGAUAGUUCAGAUAAACAUUCAAGGUUCUACGAUCUCCCUGGUGAGCUUGCGUGGCAUAGUCAUUGGAUUUGUACACAUUUCCAGCGUAGACAAACGCAAAGCUGUUUCGCACGUGGACUGUAGAAUUUGCGGGGUCACUGUUCAUCCAGUUGAAUUUGAAAGGCGAGUCGGCAUAACGCGUGUUGAUGACAUUGACAGUGUCUUGGAUCAACUGAUAGAUAUCGUGAACGGUCGAAAAGCGACCUGGAGAAGAAAUGUCAAUGUCUUCGUUAUUGAUUGUUUUGUUGCGCAGUUCCUGGCGUAACAUUCGGAAUUCGUCCGAGGGAUGAGGAAUCACCCAGGCACUCGAUUCGUUCUGGUUGUCCAACGGAUACCCUGACAAAUGAAAGUAGGUGUCAAUCUCGAUGCAUUGUUUGCAGAGUUCUUCGCACGGAGGGAGUGCAAGCUUGCGGCCUUGAUGGUCACUGGGACUGCCAAACAAAGCAGUCAUUCGCUGCAAGUCCAGUUGCCUUUCGAACGCCGUCAGAUCUCGAGUUCCACAUAGUUCUUGUUGUGGAGGUUGAGGUAGUGCUUCGUUCCCAUUGACCAACAGAAAACUGCAAACAAGCAGAAAAGGAUUCUUGUGUUUGAAUGUCAUUGUAUUUUGGAAAUGGGGAUUGAAUAUGGGAAAUCUGAAAGAUUGUGGUAUCUGCUAUCUGCUUCUUGUGCUCUCGAUUGACAAGAACAUGUAUCACGCCUUGCAGGCCAAGAAAGCCCCUUGCCUGAUCGUAGCAUGAGAGCCCCAAGAUGCGAAUAUCCAGUGAUAUGGUGGUCGCAUGAUUGUAGUGUCCUACGGUGACAUUUAUUUAUUUGCUCACUCUUUUGGUGGAGAGCGUCGCGCCAACGAGAAUACUAAGGCCGGUUAGCUAAAUGGCUACAGCAGUAUCGCUUCCGAGUACUGGUACCGUAUGAACUCUGCACUCUACUCUAGUACUGGGUAAACUCUAACCCCCCAAAUCCCAAAUACACUGUCACAGCUACAGUACGGACGUCCCUGAAAAGCGAUAUACCACUCUGAUCUACUGCAAAUCAACCUAAACCAAAACUUGUUAAGUUUGUUAUCUAGACCAGUAACAAGCCAACAUUGCCAUCCACAAACUAGC